AUGAGUAAUAUAUUCAGUCAGAGUAGAAUUUUCCAGCUGGACCAAAAAACCCACACAGGAGAGAAAACUUUUAAGUGCCCAGAGUGUGGAAAGAGAUUCAGUCGGAGUGGCUAUUUUCAACAUCAACUGAGAACCCACACGGGGAAGAAACCUCUUGAGUGCUCACAGUGCAGAAAGAGAUUCAGCCGGAGUGCCUAUCUUCAAGAUCAUCAGAGAACCCACUCAGGGGAGAAACCUUUUGAAUGCUCAGAGUGUGGAAAGAGAUUCAGUCGGAGUGACAGUCUACAACUUCAUCAGAGAACUUACUCAGGGGAGAAACCUUUUGAAUGUUCAGAGUGUGGAAAAAGGUUUAGUAGGAGUGUCAAUCUUCAACGUCAUCAGAGAACUCACACAGGGGAGAAGCCUUUUGAAUGUUCAGAGUGUGGAAAGAGGUUUAGUACGAGUGGCCAACUUCAACUUCAUCAGAGAACUCACACAGGGGAGAAGCCUUUUGAAUGUUCAGAGUGUGGAAAGAAAUUCAGUGAGAGGGGGACUCUUCAACGUCAUCAGAGAACCCACACAGGGGAGAAGCCUUUUGAAUGUUCAGAGUGUGGAAAGAGGUUUAGUAGGAGUGGCCAUCUUCAACGUCAUCAGGGAACUCACACAGAAGAGAAGACUUUUGAAUGUUCAGAGUGUGGAAAGAAAUUCAGUGAGAGGGAAACUCUUCAAGAUCAUCAGAGAACCCACACAGGGGAGAAGUCUUUUGAAUGUUCAGAGUGUGGAAAGAGGUUCAGUAGGAGUGGCCAUCUUCAGAAUCAUCAGAGAACCCACACAGGGGAGAAGCCUUUUGAAUGUUCAGAGUGUGGAAAGAGGUUUAGUAGGAGUGCCAAUCUUCAACGUCAUCAGAGAAACCACACAGGGGAGAAGCCUUUUGAAUGUUCAGAGUGUGGAAAGAAAUUCAGUGAGAGGACGACUCUUCAAGAUCAUCAGAGAACCCACACAGGGGAGAAGCCUUUUGAAUGCUCAGAGUGUGGAAAGAGGUUUAGUAGCAGUGGCAUUCUUCAACGUCAUCAGAGAACCCACACAGGGGAGAAGCCUUUUGAAUGUUCAGAGUGUGGAAAGAGGUUUAGUAUGAGUGCCAAUCUUCAACGUCAUCAGAAAACCCACACAGGGGAGAAGCCUUUUGAAUGUUCAGAGUGUGGAAAGAAAUUCAGUGAGAUGACUCAUCUUCAACAUCGUCAGAGAACCCACACAGGGGACAAUCCUUAUGAAUGUUCAGAGUGUGGAAAGAGAUUCAGUUGUAGUGGCAGUCUUCAAUGUCAUCAGACAACCCACACAGGGGAGAGACCUUUUGAAUGCUCAGAGUGUGGAAAGAGAUUCAAUCAGAGUGGCCAUCUUCAACGUCAUCAGAGAACCCACACAGGGGAGAAACCUUUUGAGUGCUCAGAGUGUGGAAAGAAAUUCAGUGAGAGUGGCAGUCUUCAACUUCAUCAGAGAACCCACACAGGGGAGAGACCUUUUGAAUGCUUAGAGUGUGGAAAGAAAUUCAGUGAGAGUGGCAGUCUUCAACUUCAUCAGAGAACCCACACAGGGGAGAAACCUUUUGAAUGCUCAGAGUGUGGAAAGAGAUUCAGUCGGAGUGGCUAUCUUCAACGUCAUCAGAGAACCCACACAGGGGAGAAACCUUUUGAAUGCUCAGAGUGUGGAAAGAGAUUCAGUCGGAGUGGCCAUCUUCAAAGUCAUCAGAGAACCCACACGGGGGAUAAACCUUUUGAAUGCUCAGAGUGUGGAAGGAGAUUCAGUCAGAGUAACAGUCUUCAACGUCAUCAGAGAACCCACACAGGGGAGAAACCUUUUGAAUGCUCAGAGUGUGGAAAGAGAUUCAGUGGGUGUGGCCAUCUUCAACGUCAUCAGAGAACCCACACAGGGGAGAAACCUUUUGAAUGCUCAGAGUGUGGAAAGAGAUUCAGUCGGAGUGGCCAUCUUCAAAGUCAUCAGAGAACCCACACGGGGGAUAAACCUUUUGAAUGCUCAGAGUGUGGAAGGAGAUUCAGUCAGAGUGACAGUCUUCAACGUCAUCAGAGAACCCACACAGGGGAGAAACCUUUUGAAUGCUCAGAGUGUGGAACAAAAUUCAGUCAGAGUGGCAGUCUUCAGCUUCAUCAGAGAACCCACAGAGAGGAGAAACCUUUUAAAUGCUUAGAGUGUGGAAAGAAAUUCAGUUUGAGUGGCACUCUUCAACGUCAUCAGAGAACCCACACAGGGGAGAAACCUUUUGAAUGCUCAGAGUGUGGAAAGAGAUUCAGUCGGAGUGGCAGUCUUCAACUUCAUCAGAGAACCCACACAGGGGAGAAACCUUUUGAAUGCUCAGAGUGUGGAAAGAGAUUCAGUCGGAGUGGCAGUCUUCAAUAUCAUCAGAGAACCCACACAGGGGAGAGACCUUUUGAAUGCUCAGAGUGUGGAAAGAGAUUCAGUGGGUGUGGCACUCUUCAACGUCAUCAGAGAACCCACACAGGGGAUAAACCUUUUGAAUGCUCAGAGUGUGGAAAGAGAUUCAGUGGGAGUGGCACUCUUCAACGUCAUCAGAGAACCCACACAGGGGAUAAACCUUUUGAAUGCUCAGAGUGUGGAAAGAGAUUCAGUCAGAGCAGCAGUCUUCAACUUCAUCAGAGAACCCACACAGAGGAGAAACCUUUUAAAUGCUUAGAGUGUGGAAAGAAAUUCAGUUUGAGUGGCAAUCUUCAACGUCAUCAGAGAACCCACACAGGGGAGAAACCUUUUGAAUGCUCAGAGUGUGGAAAGAGAUUCAGUCAGAGGAGGAGUCUUGAACAGCAUCAGAGAAGACACAAAAGGGGGAAUCGUUAG